AUGCUUGAAACUAGUGUGUAUCCGAGAGAGACCGAAUCCUUGAAAGAGCUACGUAAUAAAACUGAAACACACAGUAGCUGGAUCAACAAGACUAGUUCAAGUGAUGUAGGGCAGUUCUUGAAAAUGAUUCUCAAACUCAUCAAUGCCAAGAACACAAUGCAGAUUGGUAUUCAAAGCGGUUAUGUUCUUUCUACUGCACUGGCUAUUCCUAACGAUGGAAAGGAAAAAUAUCACGGGGCAUUUGACCUCAUUUACCUGGAUGUCCACAAGACAAUUUGUUCAGCAUAUCACACGACAUUGAUUGACUUAGUCAGAAUAGGGGGAGUCAUUGUGUAUGACAAAACUCUCCUCAGCGACACUUUAGGGACGCUGCGGAUUGUAUCAGAUGAAGAUGCUAGUGGAACUAGGUAUUAUGGGGAUCCAGUGUUAUUGUUUAACGAGAAAGUGGCUUCUGAUCCAAGAGUGGAGAUUUGCCAGGUUCCGGUGGGCAUUGGCGUCACUCUUUGCCGCCGUAUAAGAUUAUCAGCUAAGGAAGAAAUAAAAUGUUCGACUGGUUGCAGCAGCAUUAUUUCUAUCAAAUUCCGCCAUUUAUUUUACUUCACAUUUCACGCAGCAUAUGGUUCUUGUUAUGGUUUUGGGUUACAGUGUCUAUUAAUUGUAGUGUGUGUCUAUGUUUCUGUUUGA